AAAUUUCAUUAUUUCAUUUUAUUAUUAUCCCUUCAUGAACAACCAUUUUGUCCUUUAUAUAUAAAAUUUUUUUUUUACUAUAUUCAUUCAUCAUUUACGAAUGUUCAAAAUUUUCUUUUCCUGAAUUAUGUCAUCCAGUAAAUCAAACAAUAAUAAUAAUGAUGACAACGGCAACAACCAAAUCGAUCAACAAGAUUUAAACAUUAUAAAUUUGAAUAAAAUACGAAUUCUAUAUGCAUCACAAACAGGCCAAGCGGAAAGCAUUUCAAAAAUAAUUUAUGAUCAAUUAUAUGAUUCAAUUAAUCAAUAUGUUUCAAAUUGGACAGAUUUUAAUAUUGACAAUUAUCUACAACGUUAUUGUAUUAGUGAUUAUGAUAAAUUGAUAACUGAUUUUUGGAAAAUAGAUAAUAAUAUAAAAACAACAAAUUCAUCAUCAUCAUCAUCAUCAUCUGAUUCCGAUUUUUGUUGUGUGCGUCAUUCUUAUAAUAAUAAAAAUUUAUUGAUUAUUGUUGCAUCGACCACUGGACAAGGUGAUCCACCCGAUAAGGCAACAAAAUUCUUUCGAUGGCUACGACGUUUAAAACGAGAAAAACAACUAACAGAAUUCAAUCAUUUAACCUAUGCAUUGUUGGGCCUUGGCGAUACAAACUACGAUAAUUUUGCCAAUUUUUCCAAACAAUUGAACAAAUUGUUCGACGAAUUGGGAGCGAUAUCAUAUAUUACACCAGCUUUUGCUGAUGAUGCAGUCGGAUUAGAAUUAGUCACCGAGCCAUUCAUUGAAAAAUUGAUUGCAACAAUCGUGCAACAUUUUGAGAAAUUAAACGUGACGAAUAAUAAUUGUUCCCAUUCAAACGAUAAAUGUGAAAAAGACCAUUUCUCUGAAUCAUUGAUGAUCAAUACAUCAGAUGCAAAAGACAAUUUAAUUGAUUCGGCCACUUUCGUCAACGAACCAAACGAGAAAAUUAAUUUAACCAUAACGGAUAAAAACUCAAUUAAUCAUAUUGAUGAUAUUGAAAAGGUCAUCGAUAGUAAUCAAGAUAUAAUGAACAUUAAUCGACCAGUAGUAUCAUCAUGUAUAUCAUUGACCAGUUCUGACAAAUGUAACUUGAGUGAUAUUUGCCGACAAUUGGUCGAACCUUCCGCUCAAUUGGAAUCAAUAGUUGAUAUUGAACAAUUGAAUCUCCCCAAAAUUCCACUCAUAUCAACAAAAGAAAAUAAUUUAUAUAGUCGCUUCAUUUAUAGUCAAAAAAAUCUCGAACAACUUCCAUUCUAUUCUGCUGGAACAUCGAUAAAUUCUAUAAAAAAUUUUCUUACAAAUAAACUCAAUAAUACGGAUAGUUCAUUGUAUGUUGGACAAGUCAAUUUGUCUAAAAUUCUUUCAAAUGAUGACUCAUCAUUGACAACUUGUUGCCAUCGACGAAAAACUCUUAUUGAAUGUGAUGUUGAAUAUGAAUUAUUUCAACCAUAUGAACAAAAUGAUUGGUUCAUACCCGGUGAUUCAUUUGGAUUCUAUAGUGCAAAUUUAUUGAUUGAUGUCUAUCAAGUGAUACGAUCGAUCAAAGUUAAAUGUUCCGAUUUUGGUGAUAAUGAUGACGAUGAUGAUGAUGACUCAAUUUUGCUUUGGGAUUAUUUUAAGGGCAAUAAAAAACAAGUGUUUGUUGUAUUAAAUGAUAAGAAUAUUAUUGUUGAAUUAUUACCAUAUCUAUUUUAUGGUGUUGAUCUUCGUACGAUACCGAAAAAAGCUACAUUAUGCCAUCUGGCUCAAUACACAACCGAUGAACAACAAAGACGUAGAUUAUUAGAGUUGAGUAGUAAACAAGGAAAUAUAGAAUAUCAAAAGCUAAUACUUGGCCAAAGCAUUACCAUUUGUGAUAUAUUACGUUUGUUUGACACUUGUCAUCCGCCUAUUGAUGUAUUUUUUGCUCAUUUAAUCACCGCAAAGCCUCGUUAUUUUAGUGCAUCAAGUUUACCAAAAAUUUUUAAACAGAAUUUUGAUGCUAGUCUUAAUAAUAAUCAUCAUGAUGAUAAUAAUCUAUCAUCAACAACAUUGAUUGACACCCUUUAUAAGUGUAAAUUUAAAAUAAUGUUUUCCGUUUCUACAAAUUUCUCACACACAUUUAUGCGAACAUCCGAAAACUUGCUAGGAUUGUUUUCUGGUAAAUUUUUUCGCCAUUACGAUUUUUUACCGGAAAAUUUUCAAGCCGAUCUUAUGUGUUCAAAUGUUUGGAAAACAAUCGAAUUAAUUCAUGAAAAUGUCAUAAAUGGCAAUAUAUUCGAUAAUCAAGAUGUUACAUUAUAUCAAUCUAUAUCAUUUCCAGUUUAUUUAUUUCAAAGACUCAAUAAAACAUUUCGUAUGAUACCACGUGAAUUAUCAUUAAAAAGGCCACUUAUUUUGAUAUCAACCGGAACUGGUGUCACACCAUUUUUAACCUAUUUCGAAUUACUACAAGAUAUCCUUUCCUCUGAUAAUAAACAAAACAAUGACAUUGAAAAUCAUCAUAAUCAUAAUAAUGAUCAUUCAUCAAACGAUACAUUAAUGAAUGUUUUGGAUUAUUCAAAAUUAUCAAGUGAAAUUUUCUUUAUAUUUGGUUGCCGCCAUCCUUAUCAAGAUUUUGCCUAUUCGGAUCGUAUAAUUUCAUUGUAUAAAAAUCAACCUUCACUAAUAAAUCAUCUAUGUCUAUGCUUUAGUCGAGCAAAUUUUAUUGAUUUAUUGAAAUUUGAAAUCGAAUCACAAAUUAAUCUAUGCUGUAUGGCCAAAAUGUCGAUGUCGAUAAAUAAUAAUAAUCAUAAUGAAAGUGAAGAGAAUGUUUCGACACAGUCAAGAUCAACAAGUAGUGAACAUUACAACAACUUUAAUGGACAACAACAAAAUUUGGAAAAUGAAACAGAUUCACAGAAAAGCAUUAUCAAACAUGUUGAUCAAUUAAUACGUAUACAUGGUGAAGAAUUAACCGAUUUGAUUAUCAAUCAUAAUGCUAUUAUUUAUAUUUGUGGUAAUUGGAAAUUAAUUACUUCUGAUAUUAAACAAGCAUUCUGUGACAUUCUUACUAGAUAUCAUUUUGAAAAUCAUAAUGAACAAAAAGAUGAUAAAUUAUUUAAUAAUUAUUCAUCAAAAACAAUAAUUAAUAAUAAUAAUAUGAAACAAACAUCCGAAGCAAUGAAAUAUCUAAAACAAUUGCAACAGAAUGGUCGAUUUGUACAAGAUAUUUGGACUUGAAAAAAAAAUACAAACACACCCAAAUUUAUCGUUAGGAAAUCGAUAACCCCAAAAAAAAUUGACAAUUAUCUUUGAAAAAAAAAUUGAUGAUUAUCAAUCGAAUGGCCUUGAUCUCAUUUUG